AGAAAUAGAAUCAGCAGAUUUAUUUUAACAUUCUCGCGAGUCAUGGCAAAUGUGGCGAUUAGUGAACUUGACAAAAACUGUGGUAAGGUUGUGGCAGAGAUAGUGAAAUUGGAGAGAAAGAUCUUUCCGAAACACGAAUCACUCGCUUCCUUCUUUGAAAAUGAACUGAAAAAGAAGAACAGCGGAUUGCUUUAUCUUCACGUGGAUGGCCAACUAGCAGGCUAUGUCAUGUAUUCCUGGCCUUCCUCCUUGUACGCCUCUAUCACCAAACUCGCAGUGAAAGAGCAAUGGAGGAGGCAUGGAUAUGGAGAGGUUCUUUUGAAAGCGGCAAUUGAGAAAUGCAGAACAAGAAAAGUUUCGCGUAUAAUGCUUCACGUGGAUCCGUUGAGAACCCCUGCAUUGAAUCUGUACAAGAAGCAUGGUUUCCAAGUUGAUUGUUUGGUUGAAAGCUAUUACUCUUCGGAUAGAAAUGCUUAUAGAAUGUACUUGGACUUUGAUUCAAGUUGAAGGAGAAACUCAAUAAACCAUUUUUUAAUACAUGUUUUCAACUCUUCAUCGUCAAUUCAAUGAACGAAGUUCUAACAUUGUGUGGUUGUAUACGAGCAUCAAGUGUUGGAGUACUUAUGUAACACUCCCAAUUUUCUAUGCGGAAGUAGCUAUUUUUGUUGUUGUUGAAUAGAUGCAUCUGUUUUUCCUUAUAAAAAAUUUAUGUGAUUAUAAUUUUAGCUAUACAAUUUAUUAGGAGAUAUA